CUUUGUGGUGGAGCCACACAAUGUCAACCAAAGCCAUGAAGAUACUCUUAUUGCUGCUUAUUCUUCUCCCUGCGGUGUCCCAGGCUGCUGCAGUGUCAGACACUGUGAUGUGUCGGAAGAUCAAGGGUGACUGUUCAUUCCUGCUGUGUCCCUUGUUUAAGAGAGCCACCGGUACCUGUUACAAUGGGCUGGCAAAGUGCUGCAGGCCCUUAUGGUGACCCUCCUCAGUCCAUGCAGAGGCUGGUAGCGUCGGUAGCAGUGGCAGCAGUAGCGUAGUUUCAUCCUUCUUUACGUGGAAGAUGCUGUCCUGGCUUGGUCAUCUGUCCAGCUUCUCAGAGGACAUCUGGCUGAUUCAGACCCUGUUCCGGACAGGAGGUCUGGUCAACUCUCAUUUGACCUCUAUCGUGAUACAGCAAGGGCUGGAAACUGAAGUCUUCAGGGAUGUUCUGCUGUUCUUUUGUAGGCUCUGCAAAAUAUCUCGGCAGUCUGUGCUCUUUUUCUCUUCUCUAACACAUAUUCCCUGUGUCCAAAGAGACUGUGGAUUUUGAAUUGUUUGAGUUGUGUAAAUACCUAAUAAAGCAUGAAUAACAACA